AUGUCUAGGAAGGGACCAUUCACCUGCUCCAAAUGCAACAAAGCAUUCAAGAAAUUGUCGCAACAAAGGGCCCACGAACGGCUUAAGCACGACCCGGCUUCACGUUUCCUCUGCGAGUUUCCCUCCUGCAACUUCACAACCGCGUCCAGACGUUCCCUGAAAAAUCAUGCCGUCGUACACGAUCCCGACGCCAAGGUACACGUAUGCCAGUUUCCCGGCUGUGAAUACGUGACCAGGAACAGAUGUGACCUGGAAAAGCACGCCCCCGUGCACGAUCCCAACGCUGAGCAAUUCGCAUGCGAGUUUCCCGGCUGUAUAUACACGACCAAGCACAAACGUGGCCUGAAAAGUCAUGCCAUCGUACACGAUCCCGACGCUAAGCGAUUCGCGUGCCAGUUUCCAGGCUGUGAAUUCGUGACCAAACAUGAACAAAACCUAAAACGGCAUGGAGUUCGUUGUGCACGAGUCCGAGCCUGA